CUCCCCGCCCCUUCUCACUCUGUCCCAAACGGUAGCCGGCGGGCAAAUUGGUGGAGUUCGCUGAGGCAGGAUGAGCGGCUCUAAUGUAAAGGUGGCGGUGCGGAUCCGACCCAUGAACAGAAGAGAACAGGACCUUCGCACAAAAUGUGUAGUAGAUGUAGAAAACAAUCAGAUUGUCCUGAACCCAUCAAACACCAGUCUUUCCAAGGGGGAUGCCCGGAGCCAGCCAAAGGUAUUUGCCUACGAUCACUGCUUCUGGUCCAUGGAUGAGUCCGUUAAAGAGAAGUUUGCAGGACAAGAUGUAGUCUUUCAGUCCCUUGGAGAGAAUAUACUACAGAAUGCAUUUGAAGGCUACAAUGCAUGUGUCUUUGCCUAUGGGCAGACUGGCUCUGGCAAGUCCUACACCAUGAUGGGCUCGGCUGACGAUCCCGGACUAAUCCCAAGACUAUGCAGCACUUUAUUCGAAAGAACCCAGAAAGCAGAAAACGAAGAGCUGAGCUUUAAAGUGGAAGUCUCCUAUAUGGAAAUCUACAAUGAAAAAGUCCGGGAUCUCCUUGAUCCAAAAGGAAGCCGACAGUCCCUUAAAGUCAGAGAGCACAAGGUUUUGGGCCCAUAUGUCGACGGCCUAUCAAAGCUAGCUGUCUCCAGUUACAAGGAUAUUGAGUCAUUGAUGUCAGAAGGGAACAAAUCUCGCACGGUGGCGGCGACCAACAUGAAUGAAGAGAGUAGCCGAUCCCAUGCUGUCUUCAACAUUAUCCUCACUCACACUCUGUGCGAUGUCCAAUCCGCGACCUCAGGGGAGAAGGUGAGCAAGCUGAGCUUAGUAGAUUUGGCCGGAAGUGAAAGAGCCACAAAGACUGGAGCAGCCGGGGAACGUUUAAAGGAAGGGAGUAAUAUUAACAAGUCCCUCACCACCCUAGGCCUGGUUAUCUCAGCCCUGGCCGACCAAGCGUCAACCAAGAAUAAGAACAAGUUUGUUCCAUAUCGGGACUCCGUGCUAACAUGGCUGCUGAAAGACAGCCUAGGAGGGAACAGUAAAACGGCUAUGGUAGCCACAGUUAGCCCCGCUGCUGAUAACUACGAUGAGACACUCUCCACCCUAAGGUAUGCCGACCGAGCCAAGAACAUAGUCAACCAUGCUGUUGUCAAUGAGGACCCCAACGCCCGAAUAACCCGCGAGUUAAGAGAGGAGGUGGAGAAACUGAGGGCGCAGCUUACCCAAGCUAAGUCUAUGAAGGCCCCAGACUUACAAGAACGUCUGCAGGAAUCUGAGAAACUGAUCCAAGAGAUGACUGUCACUUGGGAAGAAAAGCUCAGAAUGACAGAGGAUAUUGCCCAGGAGCGCCAGAAGCAACUGGAACGCCUUGGGAUUUCACUUCAGUCUUCCGGGAUCAAAGUGGGAGAUAAUAAGUGUUUCUUAGUCAAUUUAAAUGCAGAUCCCGCACUCAACGAGCUCCUGGUGUACUACCUUAAGGAUCACACAUUAAUCGGGUCCCAUGACUCGCAGGACAUCCAGCUGUGUGGCUUGGGAAUUCUGCCCGAACACUGCAUCAUAGACAUCUCUCCUGAAGUGCAGGUUAUACUGACACCAAUGAAAAACACCAGGACGUAUGUGAACGGCUCUGCAGUCACUAAAGCAACACAGCUGCAGCACGGAGACCGCAUUCUCUGGGGGAACAAUCACUUUUUCAGGAUCAGCUUACCAAAGAAGAAGCAGGCCAAGCAAGAAGGGGAGGAACAAGACUCCAUCUUGAGAAACAGCAGUAGCUUUGAACAAUUAGACUUGGAUGGAGAUAGUUCCAAUGAAGGCAACAGUGAGGUCAGCUUCAACUAUGAGUAUGCACAGACGGAAGUCAUGAUGAAAGCCCUUGGCAAUAAUGACCCAAUGCAGUCCAUCCUACAGAGCCUGGAGCAGCAGCACGAGGAAGAGAAGCGUUCGGCUCUUGAGAACCAGAGAAUGAUGUAUGAGAAUGAGUUGGACCAGUUGCGUUGCAGGGUUUCCCCAGAAAAGCAGCACUACCGUAGCAUGGAGCGUUUGUCCUUUGGAUCCCCCAAUGCUCAGCAGCGAAUCAAGCAGUGGACAGACGAGAGGGAGGCAUUGCUGAACCAGAGCCUUAGAAAGCUGCGUGAGCAGAUAGCCAAAGCCAAUCUGCAUGUUCAGGAGGCCAAUUUCAUAGCAGAGGAGAUGAAUAAGAAGACAGAGUAUAAAGUGACACUUCAGAUUCCAGCUUCCAGUCUCAAUGCCAACAAAAAGCGAGGAGCAGUGCUGAGCGAGCCAGCCAUACAGGUGCGCAGAAAAGGAAAGGGCAAACAAAUCUGGGCCUUGGAGAAGCUGGAAAACCGUCUUGUUGAUAUCCGAGACCUUUAUCAGGAAUGGAAAGAAUGUGAUGAAAACGACCCAAUGAGCCGCUCCUAUUUCCUGCGAGCAGAUCCUUUUUACGACGAGCAUGAGAAUCACAGCCUGAUUGGAGUGGCCAACGUCUUUUUGGAGUCUCUUUUCCAUGAUGUGAAGCUUCAGUAUGCGGUUCCUAUCAUCAACCAGAAAGGAGAGGUGGCAGGACGGUUACAUGUCGAAGUGCUGCGCAUCAGUGGUGACAUGGGAGAUCGGAUAGCAGGAGGGGAAGAUGGAGCAGAUUUCUCUUUUGAUAAAGAGGUUCGGGAGAACAAGUUAGUGUGCAUGAUUAAAGUGCUCCAGGCAACAGGUUUGUCACAGCAUCUCACCAACUUUGUUUUCUGCCAUUACGUUUUCUGGGAUCAGCCAGAACCCGUUACUGUAGCACCUGGAGUGGACACAGCUCCUCCUGUCAUAAACGGCACAGAGCGCAUGGUGGUUUUUGACCACUGCAAAGAGUUUUCUGUGAACAUUACAGAAGACUUCUUAGACUAUCUUUCUGAGGGGGCCCUGGCCAUUGAGGUUUAUGGCCACAGACAGAUUGACCCUCACAAUAAUCCGACCCUGUGGGAUUUAGGAAUAAUUCAAGCAAAGACCCGCAGUUUGCGAGAUAGGUGGAGUGAGGUUACCAGGAAAGUGGAACUGUGGGUACAUAUUCUGGAACUGAAUGAGAAUGGAGAAUACUGGCCAGUGGAAGUGACCCCAGCCAAAGAUGUUCAGACAGGAGGAAUCUAUCGGCUCAAACAGGGACAGUCCCGGCGCCUUCACAUAGAAGUCCGAUCAGUGCAGGAUUCAGGAACUCUGCCCCUUAUAGAAGAUGCCAUUGUAUCUGUUUCCAUUGGUUGUGUAAAGAUAAUCAAUGCAAAGGCCAUUAAAGCUCACGACUUCCACCAGGAUGAUCAAGAAGUUGUUGACAGCUACCAGGACCGAGAUCUGGAGAGACUGAGGAGGAAAUGGUUAAAUGCUCUCACCAAACGUCAGGAAUACUUAGAUCAACAACUGCAAAAACUGGCCAGCAAGCAAGAUAAAACAGAAGAUGAUGCAGAACGAGAGGCCCAGUUGUUAGAAAUGAGACUGACGCUCACUGAAGAGAGGAAUGCCGUCAUGGUGCCGUCUGCUGGAAGCGGAAUUCCCGGUGCCCCCGGAAACUGGACUCCUGUCUUGGGAAUGGAGUCCCACAUUCCUGUCAUUUUCUUAGAUCUUAAUGUGGACGACUUCAGCUCUCAAGAUGACCUGGAUGGGUUAGAACCUGCAGGCUGGGAUUCCACUCUCACAGCAGAAGAUGAGGGCGAGUUCUUUGACCUACAAAUUGUAAAUCACCAUGAGAGUGAGAUGAAGGCAGAAGCCUCCUGGGACUGUACAGUCCAUAACUGCCCCCAGCUCAGUAAAGGUUGUGCCCCUGAGGAGCGGGUGUUCCUGAUUGUCCGAGUAACUGUGCAGCUCAGCCACCCAGCAGAAAUGCAGAUUGUGCUGCGCAAGCGCAUUUGCGUCAAUGUCUACAGCCGGCAGGGAUUUGCUAAGAAUUUUCUAAGGCGAAUAUCUCACCGCAGUAAUAUUUCCAGCUGUGGCGUGACCGUGGAAGUCGUCUCUAAUAUUCCAGAGGACUCACAGGGGGCAGAAGACCGUGAGGCUCUUGCCAGAAUGGCGGCAAAUGUCGACGAUACAGGAUCUGCGGAUUCCGAGGCGUAUACAGAGAAGUACCUGCGCAGUGUGCUCGCUGUAGAGAAUAUCCUCACAUUGGACCGUCUUCGGCAGGAAGUGGCUGUAAAAGAACAAUUAACUGGGAAAGGGAGAUUGUACAAAAAGAGCCUCAGCUCCCCUAAUGUUCACAAACUGUCUGGAAGCCGUCAGGAUCUGGGUGGGCAGCAGAGCUUGGCCAGUAACAAGGGUCGUUGGGAAAGCCAACAAGAUGUGUCACAAACCUCCCCUGGCCCCAGACGGGCAGUCAUUUCAGGUCACUCCUCUCUACCUAAAAUGUUGCCGCAGGAUUCAGGUCUGGCACCCAUGUCAACCUCCAACCUGACCCCUGUGAAAUCCUUAGUGCCUCAGAUGCCCAAUUUACUUAAAUCUCUGUUUCCUCAUCGGGAUAAGAAGAGUCGGCAGGCCUCUCCGCUCGUCCAACAGACGGUGCCACGGAUUACGGUCCAGUCCGCCAGCGUCGAUGAAAACUCGGCUCUUUCUAAAAUGGUAGCCCAUGAAGAAUGGAAAAACACCAGACCACCAGUAAUUGCUAGGUCACCUGGCCAAGAAAAGAAGAUGGAAAAGACACCUACAGUCCCUUCCCAACAAAAGGUCUAUGAUGUUCCAGCACCUGAAACGCAAGAAAGUCCCCCAAGUCCACUCAGUGAGACCUCCAGUGGAUACUUUUCCCACAGUGUUUCCACCGCUACCCUCUCUGAGGUUUUAAGUGUUGGGAAUGAGAUGAUAACUCUUCCACCCCCAACAUCUACUACUGCUGAUAGAAACAUGGGACCUAAUUCUACAGGCCUGCUGUCUUCUGAUACUGAUGCACUGAACUUAGAAUCAGUUCAACCCGCAAACAGUUCUGUGUUAAAGCACGAGUUAAAAUUAGACGUUUCGCAAGACCUAGAAAGGACUUCCAUUUUGAGAGACAUGGAUAAUAAGGACUCUGAUGAAAAAUACAAUAGUACUAAACAUCUCAAACCCCUUUUGCCUGAAGCCUCUUCAGAAUUUCACAGUGAAAAUAUGGAAAAUCUUUCUUUAUCAGACAGUGAAGAUCAAAUGAGCUCCACCAAAUCAACGAGUGAACAAGCGGAGCCACAGAUAUCAUUGGCUACUACAGAAACGUCAUUGAAUGCAAGUGAAGACGUCCCAAAAGCCGCAUCCACACAACCUGCUUCUACUCCAGAACUUCUGUCCCAAACAAAAGUGGUAGCUUCACCAUUCAAAAUACAGAAAGUAAGGACUUCCGAGCUAAAAUCCUUCACGUGUACACUUGGGGAUGAACUCGGGGAUGUAGGGAAAUCAAGUGCAACUGUCAACUUGAAAGAUAAUACAGUGGAAAGCAAUCAAGAGGAGAUAUCAGACUCUGAUGAACCCCAGGAGGACUCUGAUUGGUUGAAAGAAGGAGAAUAUGUAACUGUGGGCUCCAACAAGAAAGGCGUUGUACGAUAUGUGGGUCCCACAGACUUCCAGGAAGGAAUCUGGGUCGGUGUGGAACUUGAAACGCCUGCCGGCAAAAAUGAUGGCUCUGUUGGUGGCAAACACUACUUCAAGUGUAACCCAGGCUACGGUGUCUUGGUAAAGCCAAACCGUGUCACGAAAGCAAGCGGAGCGGCCCAGAGGCGUAGCGCUGACUUGUGUGUUCAAGGAGGAACUGUAAGUGAGAGUAGAAAAGGUGGAAAUCUGUCGGGCUCAGUUGGAAACCUUGCGGCACUCACUGCUCUUGCAAAGCCCGACCGAACAUCAACGCUAAAGGUCGACGAGAGGCUCCAGAAGAAGAUGGAGAACAGGAAAUCAUGGGCCAACUGAGCAAUAUUAGGGCUAGGGUUUAAUAUUAAGAUAUAUUAUAGUAUCCAUUUCUUAUGGGAGCUCAAUGCAAAGUCUUCUAUGCUGUUCUACACAUUCCUUAUUGGUGUCUAUGUACAGAAUAUGGUGCCUUAUGAACUUCUUCUUCCACCUGCUUGAUUUUUGCACUAAUGACAGACUACACCUGAGAAAGGAACCUUGUGCUUCUUCACACACACACACACACACACACACACACACACACACACACACACACACACACACACACACACAUACAUACACACAUACAAACACACACACAUAC